AUGGUGUCCUUAAAGAUCGUAUCAGCCCUAGCUUUACUCGCUAUGGUAUCCGCCAGCGGAAACUUCAACGCAGGAUACAAUGGUGGUUACAACAGUGGCGCUUACAAUAGCGGCGGAUACAGUGGUGGGGCGCACAUACCUAUCCUGAGAUACGAAAAUGUUAACAACGGCGAUGGGAAUUACAGAUACAGCUAUGAAACGGGCAAUGGGAUCUCAGUCCACGAGAGCGGUUCUCCUCGUGCCGCCGGUCCCGAAGGUCUUGCAGUAACAGCUGAAGGUGGAUACUCCUUCCGCACGCCUGACGGUCAACAGGUUUCCCUCACCUACACCGCUGAUGAAAACGGUUUUCACCCGACGGGCUCCCAUAUUCCCACACCUCCUCCGAUUCCUGAGGCUAUCUUAAGAUCCCUUCAAUUUAACAGGCAAAACCCUUCAGCCGGUGACGGCGCCUACAAUCCGGGCGGCUAUCGCUACUGA